GUUUUCCGGGGGAAGGAAAAAAAUUGUGGGAUUAUUCUUUUCAGAACUGCUAUGGCCUAAACCGGGAAUUCCACGGGAAAAGCACUGAGCAGGAGCUGACACCUUUUGGAUUAUCAUCGCUAUCUUUGUAAAUGGAUUACACUUGAGUGGCCACCUGAAUUUGGAGACGGAUUUUCAACAGACCCAACCUGUAUCUGUAUUCUUUGGUGAAGAAGUAAACUGGUACCGGCAGUGUUUGUCUCCUCUGUGUUAACGUAACAGGUGCAGGUCACUGUGGAGCCCUCUGGCACUGGAAAAGCUCCAAUGGACGUGCUAGGGGAGAAUGAAGCCCUGCAGCAGUUUUUUGAUGGCCAGGAUGUGAGCGGGGUUCUGGAAAGUGCAGUGGUGGACACCAGCAUGCUGGAACAGUACCUCAGUAAUGACAUGGACCCCAGCACCUUCAUGUUACCUGAGUCACCUCCAGACUCUGGAUCAGAACCUUGUUCACCUCCAGAGGUACCAGAUGUCUGUUAUGACUCCACCUGGUCCAGUCGGCAGCCAGAACAGUUGAUACACCCCGCUGCACUGCCUCCUACGGGCGCAUCCUGUAAAGACAGCAUUCCAGGACCACCGCCUGGCCUGACCCAACACCCCAACUUCAUGGGCCCAAAGGACCCCUGCAUCAAGUCCAGCUCUUCACCCUCACCCGCUGUGCACGAUUUUCCUCAACAUGCUCACUACAUGAGUGCAGCGAACAGAUACAUUCAGGCCAACACUCCUCCAACACCUCCAGUUCAGGAGGCCCCUCACCCCUCCCAGUGUAUAGCCCAGACAAACAGCUACAUCAAGGCCAGCGUGCCCAGUCCUGCUUCCUGUGUCCCCCAAGGUUCACCUGGGUGUUCGAACACAGCCUAUCCAUAUCUGCCAACCAAUCCCAGCCAACAGACAGGACCCGGGUAUUCAGACAGCAGGAAGAGGCAACGGUCUGAAUCCUUCGAGAGGGGUGCUGACCAGCGUCUGUGGGGUGACCCAGCUCACACGAAGGGCCCUUUCACGGGACCAGAGUGCAGCGGUGAUGUUCUCAGCUACGAUAGUGACGGGCCGAGCGGAAGCCCCAUGCAAGGGGCCUACCAGCUGCUGACCUGGGACAGGUACCAGGCGAGCCAGUGGAGCCCACUCUGCGACAGCACCCUCAAGAGCCUCCCGACCCUUGCUUACCACGUCGACACAGACAAGGGGUUCAACUACUCGCCCACUGAUGAGGCCUUUGUCUGUCAGAAAAAGAAUCACUUCCAGGUCACAGUUCACAUCGGGAUGGCGGGAAACCCUAACUAUGUCAAGACACCGUCUGGACCUAAACCUAUUGACAGCUUCCAUUUGAAGGUCUUUGGUGUGAAGCUGGAGGCUCAGAACCACCUCAUUACCAUAGAGCAGUCUCAGUCAGACCGCAGCAAGAAGCCAUUCCUGCCAGUCAGGGUCAGUCUGCCCGGAGACAAGAUCACCAAGGUGACUCUUGGUCGGCUGCACUUCAGCGAGACCACCACCAACAACAUGAGGAAGAAGGGCAAGCCCAACCCGGACCAAAGGUACUUCACGUUGGUGGUGGCGCUGUAUGCCUCUGUACGGGAGGAGAGUCACCUGCUAGUGGCCCAUGUGUCUGAGAGGAUCAUUGUUAGGGCAUCGAACCCAGGGCAGUUUGAAAAUGAUAAUGAGAUGCUGUGGCAGCGUGGGCCAGCUCCAGACACGGUGGUGUGUCAUGGGAGGGUGGGCAUUAAUACCAACACCCCUGACGAGGCCUUGGUUGUCUGUGGCAAUGCAAAGGUCAUGGGCACGGUCAUGCACCCGUCGGACAGGAGGGCCAAACAAAACAUCCAGGAGGUGGACUCAACGGAGCAGCUUAAGAGAAUAGAGCAGAUGAGGAUUGUGGAGUACGACUACAAGCCUGAGUUUGCAAUAGAAAUGGGGAUCGAUCAUGUCCACGAAACAGGAAUCAUUGCCCAGGAGGUGAAGGAGCUGCUGCCCUCUGCUGUCAGGGAGGUUGGGGACGUCACGUGUUCUAAUGGAGAAAAGAUUGAAAACUUCCUCAUGGUGGACAAAGAGCAGAUCUUCAUGGAGAAUGUGGGGGCUGUGAAGCAGCUAUGCAAGCUGACAAACAACCUGGAGACCCGCAUCCAGGAGCUGGAGGUGUGGAACAAGCGGCUGGCCAAGCUCAAGAACAUAGGCAGCCUACGCUCCAACAGCAGCGCUAGUGCGCACAGAAAAGUCAGCAGAAAGAACAGUGUUCCACCCCCACAGAAACCGACCCCACAGCGGUGCACUAAAGAAUACAUGUCAGAGAAGUACAGCCACUGUUUACAGAAUAAAAUAUUUCAAGCAACCAUCAUCACUCUUGUGGCUACGAUGGCUUUUUGUAUCAUCGCCAUCGCAACGCUCUACAUGCUAACUUUGCACGAAGAUGUACAGCUUUUACCUGGUGACAGCAGCACUUCCUACCCCACCACUCCGUCAGCAGUGGGCCCCACAAUGACCCCCAACCACUGGCCCCCUGAGGUGGACUUCUGCAGCCUGCUGUACUGUGAGGAGGUAUACUGCUGCCCCUCUGACCCCAGCAACCACAGUUCACCCACUAACACACCUUCGCUGUCCUCUCCCACUGGCGUCCCACACGAAGAUGGAAGGAAGGAGCAGUUUUAUGAAAUCCUCAGAAGUGCCAAAGACUGGACAAACACAACCAUCCAGUCAAUUUUCAUUAAGGAAAACCAACAGAAGAUAGAUCAGCGGUACUGUGUGGAGGGGAAUUGUGGGUCUGGAAACUACAGCUACAUUGUCCCCAUCAGCAAGCUUGUCCCUCUCAACAUGCGAGUCACCCUCCAGAUGAACACUACAGAGUUGCUGGUGGUCCACCUGUGCCACGCUGAUGAGGACUUUGCCUGCUCUGCCCUGAUGGAUUUCGACGAAGAUGACGUCCAUGCCAUGAGUAACACGCAGGGCUACAUCCACGAAUGGCCGUUGCCGGUGGCCCGACUGCACCGUAGCUCCUACCACUUCCGUGCGGCCGUGGCGGGGCAGGCUGACUGCAGUACCGACCCAAAUUACAUGGAGGCGCUAUUCACAGACUACCACUUCCACUUCUACCGCAGGUGUCACUAACCACAGCAGGCUCAGCGUGCAGUAGCGGGCACACCAGUCCAUUUCUGUGAAACAUAUGAAAGGGACUACUGAAAGUUUACGUUAUAUUCUAUUCUAGGUCUUCUGUUUGUAUUAAUUUGUACAUAAAACACUUUCUCAUUGUUA